AUGGGCUCGGACGGGUUCCUGUGUGUCGAUGACCUCCUCGCUCACCCCCGGUUUCGCUCGUACUCAUUGGACGACGUGCAGAGAGUCGUGGCGACCAAUGACAAGCAGCGCUUCAAGCUCCGCCCACACCCCGAGGACGGACGACUGCAGAUACGAGCCAAUCAGGGGCAUUCUGUGCAGGUGGAGGGGGCUUUUUUUGAAGGGCUAGACUCGCUGGCGCUGACCCCCCUGGACCCCCUCUCUCCCGACACCCCCCCCAGCGCCGUGCACGGCUCCUACCUGCGUCACUGGAGCUCCAUUCGAACCCGCGGCCUGUCCAGGAUGAGUCGAACCCACAUCCACCUGGCGCCCGGCCUGCCCGGGGACAAGAGCGUCAUCAGCGGCAUGAGAGGCGACUGUGAUCUGACCGGGCUGCAGUUCUUCCGCUCGGAUAACGGGGUGAUCCUGACCCCCCGGAGACUCGCUGGGGCUCCUGCACCCCCGAUACUUCAACAGAGCCCUGAAACUGAGAGAGCCAGGUGA